GGUUUCACUGUUUUUUCCAUUCCUGUUGGUGUAAUAUAUAGGCCACCCGAAGGAAAACUUAAAAAUGUUAAAACCAAGGAUUACUUGGGAAAAGCAAAAUUAGUUGCUGCAGUGGAUCCCGAUGAUGCAUUCACUGGCUUUACAGGUGCUCAACAACAAAAAAAAGCACAAAUGAGCACAACAUCACCGCUUAAUACAGGUAAAACCGACGGUGCGGUACUUGAUGUUCCUAGACCAGAGUCACCACCACCUGAGAAAGUGGUGUUUCGGCCCAAGUCUUUAUCAACUAAUCCAAAAUCACCACCUUUCCCCAUUCGUGCGACACGCGACCCUAGCUCAAGAAGGCGCCCAGAGGGAAGUGCUGAAAACAAAUCUUCUAUGCGGAGCGGAGCAUCUACUCCUACCAAUGGAAAUUCGGAAUUAGAUGCGCCAAUUUCUCGAAAUGUUUCGUUACGAAAAGUAUCACCAAAUCAAUUACAAUUGCAAAAUAAUCCUCAACGUUCUAAUACAAUAGAUGGUGGACGUCCUUCACCAAAACUUCCUACU